AUGGUGGGGAACAACAAAGGAUUUGUGGCGCUUCUCUGUGAAUAUGAAAAUAGACCCGUCCUACGUUUCCAUUGCAUUCUACACCAGGAAGCUCUUUAUGUUCAGAUAUGCGACGGGCAGCUUGGUGAAGUGAUGUCGCUGGUUAUCCGUGUGAUUAACUUUAUUGUUGCUCGAGCCUUAAAUGAUGGACAGUUUAAAACCCUGCUGGAUGAAGUUGGUAAUAACUAUCAUGGUCUGAUUUUGCACAGCAAGGUAUGUUGUUUGUCAGACGGGAAGGUGCUUAGCCGUUUUGCAGCUUGCCUGAACGAAAUCCGGACGUUCCUUGAAAUGAACGGCAUUAAGCAUCGUGAGCUAGCCGAAACGGAGUGGCCCCACAUGUUUUAA